AGGAGGGGGCGGGGCCCAGGGUUCUCCCCCUCCACCCCGCCCCUGCACAGUUCAGCGAUGCCCAGCCCCAGCCCCUCCCCAGAGGUGCCUAGGGGCGGGGCAUGGCGUGGGUAGCAGCUAGAGGAACCGGCUGAGCCCUACCCCACCCGCCUGGAUUCAAGCAUUAGCGGGCAGCCAGGAGAGAGGGAAGAUUCCUGCUCUGGGACCUCGUGGGGCAUCGAAGCAGAGCCCAAGCGCCUGGCAACCACUGCCCUCCCUCGGACAACCAGCCGGGCCCCUCCACCAUGGAAGGAACUGUGCAGUCCCAGAUUCCUCCUUUCUACAAUGGUCACCUAAGUGAAGAAGUGCCCACUGAGCUGAGAGAGCAGAUGACAGGAGCAUACUUCAAAUACAAGGGCAUCAACUUCCCUGCGGGCCUCUACGAGCCAGAGACCUUAAGCUAUGUGGAGAAGGACUUCAAGGUCAAGAAUGACGAUAUCUUCAUUGUAACCUACCCCAAGUCAGGUACUACAUGGAUGAUUGAGAUUCUGAGCCUAAUAUUGAAGAAUGGGGAUCCCUCCUGGGCCCGAUCAGUCCCCAACUGGGAGCGAGCCCCUUGGUGUGAGACUGUCCAGGGCUUAUGGCAAAUCAUGCAGAUGCCCAGUCCCCGCCUCAUCAGCUCCCACCUCCCCAUUCAGCUCUUCCCCCGGAAUUUUUUCAACUCAAAAGCCAAGGUCAUCUACAUAAGCCGAAACCCCCGAGAUGUCCUGGUUUCCUUCUACCACUACUCCAAGAUUGCUGGACACCUCAAGGACCCAGAGAACCCAGACCAAUUCUUUCAGGAUUUUCUCGAUGGAAAAAUACAAUUUGGUUCCUGGUUUGAUCACAUCAAGGGAUGGAUGCGAAUGGAGGGAAAGGACAACUUCUUGUUCACCACCUAUGAAGAACUACAAAAGGACCUCAGGGGCUCCGUCCAGCGCAUCUCCGAGUUCCUGGGCUGCCCUUUGAAGGAGAAGGUGCUGGACUCCGUGGUGGAGAACUCCACCUUCCGGGCCAUGAAGGAGAACCCCAUGUCCAACUACACCCUGCUGCCCCGCGUCCUCCUGGAUCACGAGCAGGGGGCCUUCCUGCGGAAAGGAGUGUGCGGGGACUGGAAGAACCAUUUCACUGCGACCCAGCGGGACCUCUUUGACCGAGCGUACCGGGAGAAGAUGCAGGGCCUGAAGACCAGCUUCCCCUGGGAGGAGGACCCCGGGGACAGCGGCCCUGCCCUCGCCCAGGGGGCCUGGGACCUGUGACCCCGAAAUAAACUCGCGCUAGCCCCGA